GUAUAAAGGAUCGAUCUUUCCCGUCAACACACAUCAUUCAAACAGCGUGGCUUGGCGUUGCCAAUCUUGCCAAACGUUCUUGUCGGAAAACGAUAUAUCUCCAUCUCGAAGACGCUGUGAGAAGGGUAUGGAAGCCACCAAGGGCUUGCUCACAAACGAUACGUCACUGCACACACGCAACAACAAGGACGACAGUAAUAAACGACAACGUCAACAACAAGAUCAGUCUGAGAGAUGCAUAUGAGAGACCUAUUUUCCAGGGGCGGCAGUGACUCCGACUCGCACUCCGUCGCGCCGUCCGAAACGAAGUCAGAAGCGACCCAUCGCCAUGAGCUGCUGUUAAAAGUGCAGUACGCCCUCGCCGACAUCAUCGGCUUGGGCGCAUUACCAUCCAUCAUCCCGCCCGGCCGAGAACACCACCACUGCAAAAAGCGACCAGUCUUCAUCGCUUGGCAUCCCGUGGCGGACAACCUAGGGGUGUUAUUCGCCGAGCAUACGCGACUGGGGCAAGCUAUCACCAAGGAAAUGGGCGAGUUUCCAGAUCCGACAAAUCACUGGGCUGUAUUGGUGGGGGAUCAGGAUGCGGAUUAUUAUCAUGAGUUGUGGAUGGAGAAAGACUUCACAGUGGUAAACCAGCAUGGCUUGGUCGGGUCACAGAAGUGGACGAACAAGCUACAAGUUGGUGAGACAAGGUGGAAUGAUCAAGCAGUAUUAGCAGCCAGCAACAAGGCAAUAAAGCAGAUGAAGCCAAGGUAUGGCUUGAUCGAUAACAACUGCCAAAUCUUCGCCUCUCACCUCCUCCUUGAGCUAGGCAUCAAAUUGGGAACAGAUAUCAACACUGCUAAGGAUAUGAGAGACAAGUUACUCGCAGAGUUCAGCGAGAUAUCAUGGCGGAAGAAACUGGCCAACAAGGACUGGCAGACCCCGAAAUUCCUAAAGGUGAAGGAGAUUCGGCGGAGCAUCAGCCCUGUCUUUGGGGGAAAUGUAGAACCAGAACCAGACGCACAUGAGGAGGUUGUGAUGCAGGAGAGGAAAGCCAAAUCACGACCUUUUAGUUGGGGGAAGAAGAAAGAAGUGGUUGCGCAACUUCCAACCUCGCCAUGAGUAUUACGCGUCAGGCCCCCUUGACACUAACUAAAACACCAAUGAUACCCCCAAUACCUCUGAUCAAACUAUCAGAGUAUAAUUCAUGUAUUUCCCGUUCCCUGCCGCACGCGGAUAAUCACCGCAUCCAGCGUCUGCCUACGGAUGAUGAGCCUGUCAAAGUCAAAAUCCCACUGGUCUCCAUAUGUCGUUUGUCCUUGUUUUGUUAGUAAUCACACAAGACUCCAUGCAACAAAGGCAAGGAAAAGAGUAUGGGAAUGAGAAAGAGAGAAGGAAAAACGGAAAAGAUUUACACCGCGGCUUUUUUGCAGCUUAGACAACCACAUCGUCUAGUCAUUAAACAAAUAUGAAGCAUCUGCC